GUGGAGAGGAGUAGAGAGAGCACACACACACAUCCAAACACACACAUCCCAACACACACACAUCGAAACACACACACUUUCACACUAUCACUGUGGACAGAGUAGAAGAACGCACAAAGGAAGAGCCAGAGAGGAAGUGGAGAAACCAUGUCAGGGCUUACCGGGACAGACCUCGGACUACACCACGCAUCACACACACUGUCGGGGCCAGAGCAACAGCAUUAUGAGGACAAGGGGACACUGUGAGGACAGGGUCAUAGUAAUGGUUUACGAGGACAGGGUCAUGGUUUACUAGGUCACUGAGACUGGAGAAUGUCUAAUGUGAUUAACCAUUAGUUGACCGUUAGUUGACCAGGUGUGUGAAGUUUAAAGGACUCAUGGCAGCACCAACUACACAGCCACAGGAGCCUAUGAAGUCUCAGCAGAAGUGCAUAGCCAUCUUUGCUCUGCUGUGCUGCUUCGCUGUGCUGGUGGCUCUCACCUUCUCCGCAGUAGACGUCUGGGGGGAGGACGAGGACGGAAUCACAGAAGAGAACUGUAACAGACACUGUCGCAUUGUCCUUGUGGAGAACAUUCCGGAGGACCUCCCCCUUUCCGUAGAUGGUACAACCCACGUGCCCCUCUCCACAGGUCUCAACAGCCUGUUGGACCAGGCCAAGCACUCAGUGGAGGUGGUAUCUCCCGUCUGGAACCUCAACUCAUGGGACCAAGAGACAUGGCCCAACUCUGGCAAACAGGGCCAGCUCCUGUUCCAGAAACUGCUCAACCUCAAGACUCGGGAGGUUAAAUUGAAGAUUGCCAGCAGUCUCACAGACUCUGCUGAACUGCAGAAACUAACAGAGCAUGGUGCCGAGGUUGGCUUUGUGAAUAUGUCAGCUCUGACCAGAGGCGGACUGCACUCCAAUUUCUGGGUUGUUGAUAGGAGGCAUGUGUUCAUUGGCAGUGCCAGCAUGGACUGGAGAUCACUGUCCAAGAGGAAGGAGUUGGGGGUGGUGGUUUAUAACUGCAGCUGUCUGGCUAUAGACCUCCAUAGGGUCUUCUCCUUUUACUGGCAGCUCCAGUACAGAGACUACGUCCCUUCUAUCUGGUCUAAGAGGGUCACGGCCCUCUACGGCAAGGACAACCCCGUAACGCUGUACCUCAAUGAUACAGAGGUUACCGCUUAUGUGUCGACCUCUCCUGACCUCUUCUGUCCUAAGGAUCGGGCCAAGGACAUAGAUGGCAUACAGCAUGUGAUGCAGGAGGCCAAGUUGUUCAUCUACAUCUCUGUCACAGACUACCUUCCCCUACUCACCAGAAGGUCUGGAGGGUCUUUAGUUUCAAGAUACUGGUCUCCUAUCGAUGAGAUGAUACGUGAGGCUGUGGUCCUGCGAGGGGUCAAAGUUCGCAUGCUCAUUAGUUUCUGGAAGCAGACCCACCCGCUCACCUUUAACUUCGUGAUGUCCCUCGAGUCACUGUGCAUGGAGCUGGCCAACUGCUCCCUAGAAGUGAAGUUUUUUAGCAGGAGGGAGCAGAUGGCUAAUAGUCAACCAGGAAUCAACCACAAUAAGUACAUGGUGACCGACAGUGCUGUGUACAUAGGUAAUCACGACUGGGUGGGGAGUGAGUUUGUCUAUAACGCUGGGACCGGACUCGUCAUCAAACCAACACAAACUCUCAAGGAGAGGGGCGCCACAAUCCUGGAACAGGUGAAGGCUGUAUUCGAGAGAGACUGGCAUUCGCACUACGCUAAAACCUUCCAGGCCUGUAAUAGGACUCCAGAGUGUAGCAAAUACAGCAACCUCCACAACAACCAGAGGUCAAGAGUCUGACGGAUAACAAGGAGGGCAAAGAGACCUGGAAUGAGUCUAACGACCCCUAUUAAUAAACUAUCAGCACAACUUUCCCUUUAACUUGUCAUGAAACAAGGGUGUAUUCACUAGGAACUAAACGGACGCAAACAGGCCGAAAGGGGGUGGGACCGAAUUAAAAAUGUCCAAUAUGAAACUCUCGUUUUCAUGGGCAAAAAUGUUUCUGUUGCAAAACUGUGGUGCGUACUAAUGAAUGCACCCCAUGUUUGAUGACGGCCAAAUAUGGAUUACCCCGAAGAUGCACAAAUCUGGUUAUGUGGACCAUUAUAUGCACUGUUAUAAGCAUGAGCAGCAUGGAGGUCGAACAAAAACGACUAUUCUAAUGGUCUCAUUUCUUUCAGGACCUCUACAUUUACACACACUGAAAUAUAUAUGCAUUUUGUAUUGUCUGAUUAUGCAUUCAGUUUGACAAGAAUACCUCAGUAUUUUAACCUUUUCUAAUAAUCUAUAUAACCACUAAAAAAAUCAUAGUUAACAUAAAAUGCUUUGCCUUAAUUAUAUUUCACAUGCUGACAUGGAGACGACAUCUCUUUCUAGACUUAUUGUCAUAUAAACAAAUUACAAUAUAACUGGUAGGAUGUUACCUGUGUGCAAUUGCAUGGCAUGCCUUUUGCCUUUUGGGGGAACUGCCAAAAUGCCCCCCCCCCCCUUCCUUCUUAGUACACACACGCUCAAGGACAAGAGGCUAAUUUAACCUAGAACAGAAGAAUAUCAUUAUACAGAAGCCAGUAGGCCUAUGUAAGUAGGAAUGAUUCAUUAACAUACAUGGAAUGUACACUAUACUUAUGAUAUAUUUAUGAUACAGUUUCGCCUUGUUGAUCCAUAAUAUAAUGUGAACUUAUUUUAUACUUGACUGUAAUAAAAACGAUACCUUGUCCUUA